UUGUUCGCACCGGCGCCAUGAGUGGGCUUCUCAAGAGGAAGUUUGAGGAGGUGGACGAGGACCCAUGCUACUCCUCACUCUCCUCGGACUUCUCGGGGUGGGACUCGGAGGGGGAGAGCUGCUACUCGGACACCCUGGACUCCACCCCCAGCAACCCCAGCUCGCCUGCAAAAACCUACAACACCACGUCCAUCCUUAAGAAAUCCAAGAGAGCCAGACGGGGCAAUGUGACCUUCGACCAGGUGACGGUGUUCUUCUUCCCUCGGUGCCAAGGCUUCACCAGCGUCCCCAGUCGAGGAGGAUGCACUCUGGGAAUGAUGCAGCGCCACAGCGUUCUCCGCACCUAUUCGCUUGCCGAGUUUGCCGUGGAGCAGCGGCUGCUACGACGGGAAAAGUUCCUCAACAGACUCAGGGAGGAAAAGCUCGAAGCUCUCAAGUUAAAGCUGACUAAGAAUGGAACCCAGGAGAACGAGGAGGCGGAGCGGCUAACGGUGGACGACAUCCCCGAACAGGACAUCGAUAUCGGUGGCGCCAAUCUGGACGAGUGCUCUUUCCUCCAUCCUUACCCGCCCAAACGGCGCUACGCUCUACUCAAAGAAGCCGGCGUGAAGAAGGUCGACAAGGACGAGAAGAGGCAACUGCACGAGCUGAGGAUCUCCAGGGAAAACUGUGGCUGUGACUGCCAGGGCUUCUGCGAGCCGGAGACGUGUAGCUGCAGCCUGGCUGGCAUCAAGUGUCAAAUGGAUCAUUCCUCCUUCCCAUGCGGCUGCACUAAGGACGGCUGCGGGAACACAGAAGGUCGCAUCGAGUUCAACUCCACCCGGGUACAGACGCAUUACAUCCACACCAUCAUGAAGCUGGAGCUGGAGAAGAGGCUGGAGGAGCAGUCGAGCCCGGAGGAAAGGGAUCAGAGCACCACCUUAGUGCCCUCGUACGCCUUCACUUCAGACCUGGCAGGAGAGAACAGCUGCAGCAGCGACAUGACGGACUUAUCGGACUCUCAGAGCGAGGACUCCGGGGCGGGCGAGAGUCCGUGCGAUCACCACACCCAGCUGGACGACAACGGCCUCAGCAUUUUGAGUUUUAGCGACACGGUGGGCGGCUCUAGAAGUGGGAACUGUCGAAACAUUUGCUACCCAGAUAAACAUCAAGACCACCUGUCCACGGAGGCCUUCAGCAGCUUCAGCAUGGCAGACUUUGCAGACGAGAACGACAAUAUAGACGCCGGGCUGUUGGACGAUCACACAGACAAUCGGGCGACAGACUUUUUGGACGAGAACGCCAACCAGGGGAACGCUUUAUUUCACGGCGGCAGUGUGCCACGAACGCCGUCCCCGAGCAUCGACCGCUCGGCGAGUUACAACAUGGACCUGAGCCUCUCCUCGGAGUCGGACCUGGAGUUCUUUGACGGGUUUCCCUGCUUGGGGCCCAGCUCGCUCUACAACUCCCUGAAGGAGUACGAACACAUGGAUAACUUCUUUCAGUUUCAGUUGCCUAGCUACCCCUCCCUCCCUCCGGCCAGCGACCCCGGGACCUGCCUCCUGGAGUCGCUGAUCGGACUCUCCGAAUCCGUCCCUGAACCCCCCGCCACAUUUACAGACAAUCAGCUGUUGGAGGAAGCCAUGAAAUUGUCUGUGAUGGAGUCUGUGAAAGUUUGACGAAACUAGUGGACAGUGCAAGUAAAAAAAAAAGGUUAUAGAGGAGGGAACAUGCACAUAAAUGUGAUUUUUGGAGGAAGCUGUGAUUUCCCUAUUGCCUAAUAAAUGUUCAAAUUCCAGACUUGCCUUCAAAAAGUUAGCAAAGCAGUGUGGGAUAAAUGCUGUGUGAGAUGGCAGCUAGUGUUAAAAAUGCAAAAUGGAAAUCAAUUUGGCCCUUAGUAACCAAUGAUGGCUCUGCAGUUCCUAAGAAAGCUAUUUUGACCAAACCAAGAUCACCAACCAUGUGAUGAACAGGAAGUAAACCUGAACUGGGGCCAGGUUGGGAAUCUCCACACAGCUGAAUGUGCACCUCAGGGAUUUUUCUAGCUUUCUAGCUUUUGGAGGCAAUGUAUGGUGACCAUCGCUGUGAUGGCCUUCAUGUAAAACCUGAGUUAAAUCACACGUGUUCUCGUAUUGGGCUCACACUCGGAUGGCUUUGAGUUGGUACGGUCCACCCUGUUAAAGCUAGUGGACUCUUCCUCCUCAAGAUCUCACCUUUGGGUGUUAUAUGGUACAAAAGAAAUCCCUCUAAAAGCUCCUCGAUCAGCACUUUAUCUGUGAAAAUGUUUGAAAAGGCAUUGCUGUGGUUGUAUGGGGUCGAUUCAACAGUUCAACGCUAAAUUAUGGAGUUCCUUAUUUAUGAGAAAGGAAAACGCUCAUACCAUUUAAAGCUGUAGCUUGUUUUAUCUCUAUUACUUUGUUUUAAAUUAUUUCCUUUCAUGAUUCUAUUCUAUUUAUUUCCGCCUACUUUCACUCGAGAAGCACUGUGGUUAUUUUUCACCUCAAAGUGCUUCCUUUUCCCCCCCAUUUCACAUGAUGGCAUUGCUAUGGGAAAUGGGACCACAAGUCCAUCAGAAAGUAUUUAAUAUCUAUUCUCUUUUACAUAUAACUUUUUUUUUUUGAUAACUUAUUACACCAUCAUUUCAUUAGCUAUUUAAUUUAAGACAUUUUGGCAAUAAAACGGGGGUGUUGUGAAGUUUACUGGAUGUGCCUGCUUAUCAGGGAGCCUGAUAGUGCUUCCAUUUAAGCUUUGGGACUGAAAACUGUGGAAUCUCCCGAAUCACUGAAACUAAAUUAUGGGUCCAUUGUAUCGCUGCCUAUAAUGUAACCAUAGAAAAAUUACACUAAUAUUUUAUAACUAAUUUAUGUAGGGUCGACAAAGAAUUCUAAUCACUGACAAAUUAAAAUAUUUUAUUAAAGAAUGAAAAAAAAAUUCAAUCCGGGACAAACUUUGUAAUAUAUGAAUUAUAGAGAAAUGUAUACUUAUGAAGGUUAUGGCGCUCUAGCAUUCUGAAGUAUUUUUCCCAGAGGCAGUCUUAUGAGUAGAUGUCUUAGCGAAAUGCCACUAAAACGGAGUAAAUUGCAAAGAUCAAUUUGAUUGUAUUCUGAAUUUCUUGGAAGUCUGUGACUUGGGUUACACUAUGUAUUGAAUUAAACAAGGGGCAUUGUGGGUAAAAACUGCAUAUAUUAUACAGUUUUUAUCGCACACACAAACCCUGAAAAUGAAAAAAGUUGCCUCAUUCAUGACAGAACAAGACAGUGGAGGACACUAGAGAGUGUAUGUACAUAUCUCACCCUUUCUACAGCUGUUUCUGCAGCCUUUCUGGACCCUUUAGAAAUUAUGCAUGCAGGUCCCGUUUGUUAAAACUUGUUCUGAUUAAUUGUAUACUUUGAAAAGUGCUGAAUGCACAUCGGAAAUGUAUUAUUCGCUUUUUGCCUUUUUUGAGUAUUUUAAAAUCCAUCCGAUAUGUUCUCACGCCAUGAAGAGGGCACUGAUUCUUUUUGCAAGCCAAUGUUUGUUUCUCUUGUACAAAAAACAUGGUGAAGAAAUGGCAUCAGUGAGUGUUCAUCAAUGUAAUGUAUUACAGUACAGCUUUUUUUUUACAUUUUGUUUUCAGAAAAGAAACGUGUCUUACUUUUUUGCUGUACAUAUUUCUGCUUGAAUGGUCCUGCAGAGCAAACAAAGCUGCUUUAUUUUUUACAUAUUCACACUUUAACCCGCUGUUCAAAACAGUCUCUUUCAUCUAAGCCAUUUGACAGCCUGUCCCUCCAAAUAAUAAUAAAAAAAACAUUUUCUAAAA